AAUUACCAACAGUUGCGGCCGUGAGGCGCUAGUGAACGCAUCUUAAUAUCGAAGAAAGUAUCUGUAGAAAGUAUUUGAAGCGCGAAGAUGAAGCCCGUAGCCUUGAUCCUGGUUUUUCUGGCCUUAAGCCAGGGCAGAUCGCUGGAUAUUCGCAGGGAUAUUGAUAUCCCGGUGACCAUUGUCGAGGACAAGGAGUCGCCAGUGGCCUUACCUCUGGUCAAGGAGGAGGCCAACCAAGAGGAAAUAAAACCAGUUGCUCUGGAAGAAAAGGCUAAGGAAAUUAAGCCAGAGAUUAAGGAGGAAAUUAAACCUGAGGUUAAGGAGGAGUUAAAGCCAGAAGUUAAAGAGGACAUUAAGCCAGAGAUCAAGGAGGAGCUCAAGGAGAAGAUUGAAGAGCAGAUUAAACAGCAGAUAACCGAGAAGCUCAAGGAGGAGUCUCUGGAAAUCAAGAAGGAAGCCCAGGAAAUCGAGGUAGAAGCUCAGAGGCCAGAAAUCAAAGAGGAGACUCCGGAAAUCAAGGAGGAACCGGCUAAGCAAAUUCUAAAAUCUCUGCCAGCUGAGGAGGCGGUGGUUGUGCCCGCCGAGGAGCCUUCGCCCAAUCCCUUGGACCAGGAGCAGUCGGAAAACCAGGAUCCCGCCCAUCCCCAGGUGCGCCAGGCCACCCAGGCCACGCCCACCCAGCAGACCACCACGCAGGGCAACUUUGUGCAGCAGUUGAUCCAGAACUCGCCCAUUGGCCAGUUCCUCAAUCAGUUCCAGCCCCAGCCAGCUGGCAAUGCCCCAGCGGCGGCUCCGGGCCAGGUUCAGGCGGAUGAUGCAGCUCCCGCCACUCCGGCUCCCACUGUUCCCGGUUUCCUCAAUCCCCAGGCGGCCAUCACCUCCGCCCAGCAGGCUGUCCAGAAUGCCGCGCAAAGUGCCGUGAACGCCACCACCCAGGCCUUCCAGGGCAUCCAGCAGUUCGCCAGCAACCUGGGCAAUCAGUUCCAGAACACCCUGUCCAGCCUGACGGGUCAGCAGCAGGCGCCGGCGGUGUCCACCACUCCACGUCCCCCAGGUCCCAUCCAGCAGUUCGUGAACAAUGUUUUCGGCGGCAAUAGCAAUGCCACUGCUGCUGCUCCUGCGGCCCAGCAGAGCGGCAAUCCGCUCCAGGGAAUCAUCAACUUCCUGGGCGGCAAUCGUCCCCAGAAUGCCCCAGCUGCCGCUGCAGUAACCCAGGCCCCCGAGCAACCCGCCGUCGAUGAUAAAAUCGAUCCUGCCCAGGAUGAGGCGGCCGAAUUCGUCCCCGAAUCCGAGAAUGAGGUGCGCACGAGUGGCGAAACCGUCGACGAUUCCUUCGAGGAGGCCGGUGUGCCGGCCAACGAGGUCAUCGUGGUCAACGACGAUGCCGGAGAGGUCGCCGAUCCUGUCCAGAAUCAUCAGCAGGCCACCGAUGCAGUGGCUCUAUAAGGGGCCUGCACAGAUCCCCCUGGUUAAGUUCACACCACAAAACCGACUGACGCCAUUUUCGUCGACAUUUUUCGAUUUAAAUUGAGAAUGAAACUGGAAAAUGCUUCUUUAGUUUUCUAAGUGCAUGCACCGCAACAAAUUAUUUAUUUCAUACUCAGCCCAGGAAUUUAUCUAUAAUAAAAACGAGACAAAUCAAAUCAUAAAUAAAACAAGUAACAUAAAAAGAAAAA